AUGGGUGCAUCUGGUGUUGGUAAAACAACAUUAUUAAAAAUGCUUAGUGGUCUUGAUGAUCCGAGUACACUCGAACUCGUUUCUGGUACGAUUAUGGUUAAUGGCCGAGUAACAACACGUAAUGAACGAAUCAAAAGCUCAUGUAUUGGACAUGUUGAACAAAAUCAAGUAUUUAUUGAAACAAUGACACUUCAUGAACAUUUAAUCUUUCAGGCAAUGUUACGAAUGCAUUCAUUAUCGAUGACUGACGAUGAUCGUCGAUCAUGUGUUUUAGAAACAAUCAAACUGUUGGGUUUAGAGAAAUGUACAUCAACUAUAAUAUCAAAGUUGUCUGGUGGUGAACGAAAACGAUUAGCAUUUGCAACAGUAGCAUUAAC